GACAAAUGUCCUUCGAUAUGACCAGUGAAUUGGAACAAUACUGACAUUGGCACAUCUGUUUUUCUAACAUCUUAAAGUAUGCUGUGGCUAUGAAGAGAAAAUGCACAAAUUUUGAAAGAGAAUGAUGCCCCUUCAGGUAUUCCACACGUGUCAGACUGCAUUCCAGCCUCUUGUUAAUACCUAGAGCAAGUCCCGCUCUCUGCCACACUCUAUCUUCAGCCUGGACUCCUGCAACUGCUUCGGGUCAAGAUGACGGGACUUCUCAGUGGAUUGCUCCUCCCGGCCCUAAUCCUGGUUCAGGUGAAUGGCGUUCCCAAAGUCAAACCUGUCAGAACUGGUCCACAGGUUUCAGCUGGCCUGUGCAGGAGUAAACCAAGUGACUUGGUCUUUAUUAUUGACAGUUCUAGGAGUGUUCGCCCAUCUGAAUUUGAACAGGUGAAAGUGUUUGUAUCCCAGGUAAUCGAAUCCCUUGACAUUGGUCCAAAUGCCACCCGCGUUGGGGUGGUUAACUAUGCCAGUACCGUCAAAAAUGAGUUCGCCCUUAAUGCACAUCGCAACAAGGCAGGCGUCCUGCGAGCUGUCUCCCAGAUCCAGCCACUCUCCUCCGGUACCAUGACUGGCCUCGCCAUCCAAUUUGCAACCAAUAUUGCUUUCAGUGAGUCUAAUGGAGCACGGGUCAAGACUGAUGCAGCCAGCAAGGUUGCCAUCAUUGUGACCGAUGGCCGGCCCCAGGACCGAGUGCGGGAGGCAGCCACACGGGCCAAGCAGAGUGGCAUUGAGAUCUUUGCCAUUGGUGUGGGCAGGGCAGAAAUGAGCUCACUGCGUGAAAUUGCCAGCGAACCCCUAGAAGACCACUUAGACUAUGUGGAAAGCUACAGUGCUAUCGAAAAACUUUCCAAAAAAUUCCAGGAAGCGUUCUGUGUGGUGGAUCUUUGUGCCAGUGGAGAUCAUGAUUGUGAACACAUCUGUGUAAGCACACCUAGCUCUUACAAAUGUGCCUGCAAUGAAGGAUUCACAUUAAAUCCGGAUGGAAGAACAUGCGGCACUUGCAGUUCAGGAGGCGUUGAUUUAGCUUUCGUCAUUGAUGGGUCCAAGAGUGUGAGACCUGAAAACUUCCAACUGGUAAAAAAAUUCAUCAACCAGAUAGUCGACGCCCUAGAUGUUGGUGAUCAGAAUGCACGUAUCGCACUCAUUCAGUAUUCCAGCUCAGUCAGGACAGAAUUCCCUCUCAACAAGUUCAAAACCAAACAAAACAUCAAGACCGCAGUCAAGAAAAUGGAGUACAUGGAGAGGGGAACAAUGACAGGCCUGGCCCUGCAACAUCUCGCUGAAAACAUUUUUGUUCCAUCACAAGGCGCAAGGGAAAAUAUCCCAAAAGUCGGAAUCAUCUUUACAGAUGGCCGUUCACAGGAUUAUAUUAAUGAUUUUGCUCAAAAGGCCAAAGAUCAAGGAAUUAGAAUGUUUGCAGUCGGAGUGGGGAAUGCACUUGAGGAAGAAUUAAGGAUAAUUGCUUCAGAUCCAGUGAAGGAUCAUUAUUACUAUACUGCUGAUUUCAAGACGAUGAAUAAAAUUGCUGAUAAAUUACAGGUUAAAAUAUGUGCUGCACCUGCUAAAGACCCUUGUGCUUGCGAAUCACUUGUGGAAUUCCAGACAAAAGUCGAGAAAAUAAUCAAAACACUGACAGCAAAACUAGGUGCCUUCACAAAAAAACUGGCAGCUCUUGAGAACAGACUUCUCGUCUAAUAAAUCCUGGAGCUCUUCUCCUGACAUCUUAAAAUCAUCUCUAAGUAUCCUAUUGUAAAAUACUAAAAACAUGCUUAUUUACUAUACAAAAGCAUUUGACUACUAAAAAUGCUUUCAUCUAUUUUUAAACAUCUAAUCUAGUUAACCUUCUGCUAGUACAGGAACCCUAUAAUGUUAAGUGCAGCUGUUUCCAAUUGGACAAAGCACUGUGAAACAUGCCAGAAACUUUGAAUAUUUCUGUAGUAUAUGUUUUGUAUAUUAAAGAAAAUCACCAAAUGUAAAACUGAAA